CGACAGCGUUGCGGCUGCUCUGUAAAGGCAUUCACAGCCUCUACACUUCUGUGUUGGGGAAAACUGUCGACCAGAGAAAAGCUAUCACGACCGAUAGCAGCGCUUCUUUAUGAUCGGUGAUUCCUGAUAUGGGAAUAUUGAUAUUACCAACCCAAUCAAGAUGCAACAGGGAUUCGGCCUGCCCAAAUUUGGUUAACAUGGUUUAUCCGUUUUUAGAGCCGACCAUGAUAAGCUAACUAAAUAAUGGCGACCUCAAAAGAAGUGGAUCACACAGCUGUGGGUGAAUCAGACAAGGAGCUUCCAGCACAGGAGGACACCGUUGGAGAGCGGCCUCAUAAGGCACCAGAGAGGAGACAUGUUGAUGUCCUUCUAGAUAUUAGCGAGGAGGACUUCUUGAAAGAACUGGAGCCAUAUGAGUAUCACUGUUACUCUGGUUUGGAAGAAGCUGUCCGGGGUUGGGCUCGAGUUGCUCCGCUGAGCUGUAUACUUGUGACUCAGAAGAGAUUCAAGAAACCAAAGCAUAAGGAGGCUGACACCCCGACCCCCUUGUCUGUUGAGCCAGCACUCGCCAAUGCAGACAGCUCAGCCAGCACUGCAGAGCACCGCUAUGAGUCACAGGCAGACCCUCAGAACAUCUUUAAGAAAUCUACGGCUUUGAAUCAGCAGGUGGGAUCUUGGAGUAACACUGCUGUGGCAGUUCUGCAGCAAGAUGCCUCAGCAUGGCAAGUCCUCAAAGCCAUGCAGAAAACCACAUCACACACAUUCUCAUGUGACCAAAAGAUAGAGGAGGAAGGGAUGCUCAGAGAGAUCCCUUUGCAGCCCCUCCACCUGUCCUCAAAAUACUCUGUGUCAGACACCAGACUCACUAAGCCUCAGAAACACAGCCACAGGCCCAAUAACACAGUGGUUCCCAUUAAAAACUUCACAUUUUUACCACCGAUCAAGUCACCGCACCUGAAUCCCAAGGCCAGUGGACAGCUCUGCAGUGGCAAGAAGGCUUCAGAGGGAGAAACCUUAGAGGAAAACUGUUUCAUGUGUGAUAAGAGGAGUGAGACCAGAGGGACAAGAGUGGACCCUGUUGCUAACACAGAGCCUCCAAAUCACUCUGCAGCCCUGACCUCCAAGUACCGGACAUGUCAUAACCCCCACUUGUUCUCUGCUGUGAGUGUUUCUAUCCCCAAGAGGUAUCAGGUACCUAUGUCUUCCAAACCUGACACAGUGCACCACAGGAGCUACUCGAUGGGCAAGAGCCUCACACAGGCCCUCCAUGCCAGCACUACAACAGGUCCACAAGCCCAUAUGCUCCCCAGCUGCCUGUUCUCUUAAGGAACAAGACUGUGAAUUCUGUCAUGCUGUAUGAGGCCUGUGAAAUAAAACGCUGAAAUGUC